AUGUCUGUUAAAGAGCAUAACGAAGAAGAUAUUAUUGGUGAUGAAUUACAGAAUUCGAGGCAACUCUCCAUUGAUUGCGACUCAGUUAAAAUUUCACUAAGGAACACAUAUUGGACCAAAGACUAUACAACAGGUAUCAAAUUAUUCAUAAAACAUAUGAAGAGAGAAAAUGAUUUGCUGAUUAAAGACAUCAAAUUUUACAAUGAUUUUGUCAACAAAUUUUGGAAACCAACAUUGAACAAUUUACAAAAAAUGGAAGCAACCAAUUCAAUGAAUAGCAGGCUGCUGGAAGUGAUGAGCAAACAGUUUAAUAUAAUAUCAACAGAGCAAGUUGAAAGAGAUUGUAAAAUUCCAUUGCAAGAACUAAGAGAUCUUAAUGAGAGCUUCCUUCGUGAGGCAGAAAACGAUUUGUCAUCUCGUUAUUCAGCUUACAUUAAGGAUUUAGUCGCAGCUAAAGAGGCACUAAUUGGAUGUGAGAAAAGAGUUCAGUCUAUAUAUAAAUUGAAAAAAGCCAAUACGCCAGUGGAAAAUUCUUCCUCUGUUUUUGAUAAUGGAAAGGAUAGUGCACCGUUAACCAGGUUGAACUUCGUAUGCGAGUUUCCUUACACUUUAGACGAGAGGUUAAAAUUUGAGGAUUGCGACCAAUUUAUGUCAUUUUUGCAAACCUUGAAGGGAAAAGUCAUCCUGGAGAAAAGUGUCUUUUCCGUUCCAGGAUUGUCAAAUCAAAGUUUCCAAGGCAGGUCAUUGAUCAAAGAAUUGAAAAAACUUGAACCCAGACUAAACCUGUCCUUAUUUAAUAUCGAUAGGAUAGGUAACGAAUUCAUCCAACUGGGUAUAAUACAAGAAUAUUCCCUGAGUUUUUACUCUAGCAAAGUUUCUCAGUUUGACCAGGAAAAAUACUAUUACUGGAACAGUGAAGUCCUUGCUACGCAAGAGAGUAAUGGUAAUGCUGGAAACAGAAAAAAAAAAUCGUAUGGUGAGUUAACACACUCCGACAAUGAACACGAAGAAAAGUCCAACGUUUCAUCUAUCAAAACAUCUAUAUCCGAUUGGAUCCGCAAAGUUAGUCAACAUGAUAAUGAUGAUUGCGAUGCAGCGGGAAGUACAGAUAUGAAUAAAAAUGAGUGGAAGAGUUUAAAACAGCAACUUGAAUCAUCACAAGAUAUUUUUUUCUCCAAGUGUUGCCAGUUGGAAUAUUCUAAAGUGCAGUUGGAAAAAACCAUUUAUGAUUAUUGUAAAAAUUACUCUAAAAUGGAGGACGGAAUCAAACGAGCUCUAGAAUCAUCAAACAUGAUGUUUCAACAAAAAUGUGAAAAAUUUACUGACUCACCUGUGUGUUCUCUACAAGAAGCACAACUGCCACAGGAAACUGCCAAUGCGGAUGUAAGAGGGUUUUUCCUCAGGGAUAAUGGCAUACCCUUUCGCAGGUGGAAUAUCCUAGAAGCGAGUGAUCCAGUCGACGCUUGCAAAGAAAUCUCCAUAAAAAGCGAAAAGUUUUUCUGUGGUAGUGAAAUAAAUAAUGAACUGGCUGCUCUUGAUACGUUAGGGGCAAUAAAGAUUAUACUGCGGCAGAUUGAAAAGGAACCAAAUGCUAAUAAAGUCAUACAAAGUUGGCACAGGGAUAUUGAUUUUGUAAGGGUUUCUAAUUUGAAAAGAGACUUAUUGGGGGAAUUCAAAGGAUCGAAAACUACCGAAAAUACAAACUCUAUAAUCACUGCUCAUUUUUUUGAAAACUCGCACAGCUAUGUCACUAAUGAUCUCGUCGGACUGAUAAAAUUAUGGCUGUUAGAGCUACCCGACAGCCUAAUACCUUCAAACCACUACGAUGACUUAAUUAAGGCCGAAAAAUCGCUAACAUCCCUAUGUGAACAGUUUCCGACGAGCUCCUUAAGGUUUCUACAAGAACUAGCAAACCAUUUUCAAUUGAUCAAUAGCAAAUACUCACUUCCGCCGCAAACAAUACAAGAUUUGUUUAGAGACAACAGUGACAUAGACAUACCAUUGGCCCAUCACUUCGUAAGAAGAACAGGCUUACAGAACCCUAUCGACAUCAAAAUCUUGUCACCAACAUUAUCUACAUUUUUCAUCAACGAAAGAACUGUAGAAACUUUGCAAACGUUGAUCGCAAACAGGAUCACGACGGCAACUACUGCGACACUCACUGAACCGCCGACGAUAAUUAUAAAGGAUACAACGGCACCUAUACACUCUACCCCUAAGCCACCGCCAAACGACAAGGAUGGCCAUUUCAUACCUCGGCCAUUCAAGACUAGUUCUACUCCGACAACCCCAGAGAGACCUAAACGUAAGAGUGGUUUAUUCCUUCCCAUCAACGUCAACGAUGUCCCUUCUACAUAA